AUGGACGAGUUACAAAAAUCAUUAAACGAGUACGAACAACAGCUGUGUAUGGUUAACAGCACCCUUGAAACUGUUGAUGAUGAAAAUGAACGUGAAUCUAUAUUGAGUUUGCAAUCCGAUUUGCAACAACUUAUUGAAUUGACAAAAGAAAACCUCGAAGCUUUAUUACCUAAAGAAUCUACCUCUUCUUCAGAAACUCAAAGCAAGGAUGAAUUGGCUGAUGAGUAUGCUUUAUUUCAGGCAGAGAUGGCAAAGAGUGGUGCAUAUGAAGAAAAAAAUGAAGGUGAUGCUGAUACAAACAGUGAUGACAAAGACAGGGAUAUAGAGGAUGACUUGUCUACUCUACUGGGCAUGAAGUGCUCUGUUUAUCACACACAUAAAUGGGGUGGACAACCGAGUCUAUACAACGCCAUGGUUAGUGCCAUUGUACCCAUGCAAGAAAAUGUUGAAUUUAAUGAUCUUCAGGUUCGUGUUUUAUUUACUCAUCCAACACAUGCUGAAAUGUUACCCUGUCCUUUUUUCCUGGAUGGAGAAUGCAAAUUUAGUGAUGAACAAUGUAGAUAUUCCCAUGGUGCAAUUGUACAAUUAUCAGAUUUAAAAGAAGCAAUAGAACCAGAUUUUAGUGCUUUAAAAGUUGGGAGUAGAAUACUGAUGAAAAUGAAUCCACCACAAGAUGAGGACAUUAGUGUAACUAAAAAAUCAACAGAAAAAUAUCACUUAUGGCAUAGAGCAGUAAUAAAAAGUUUGGAUCCAGAAAAGAAAGUCUGUUUGGUUAAAUUGGAACAUGGAGUUACUGGACAGAAGCGGAAACUAGGGUCAGGUGAAUGUACUGUACAGAUUGAGGACAUUUACCCACUCGACAAUACAGAGGAUGUAGACAGUGACACUAAUGACAGCUUGAGUGACACAGAGUACCCAAGCGCCAAGACUAAAUGUGAGGAAACAGCCCAUGAUAAUCAAAGUCUUUUGAUUGAGAAAAGUCUUCAAAAUCCAAAUAACACUCCUAUUGGAGAAUGGGAAAGACAUACCAGAGGUAUAGGUUCAAGGUUGAUGUUGGCAAUGGGUUACGUGCCAGGGACGGGGCUCGGUGCUGCGAGCGACGGUCGAGUGAAGCCGGUUGAAGCCCGGGUAUUACCUGUAGGAAAGAGUCUCGACCACUGCAUGGCCAUUUCUGAGAAAAAUGCUGCUCAAGAUCCAUUAAAGGUGGAACAAAGAUUGAAAAGGUUACAAAAAAAGGAAGAAGAAAGAAAUAAAAGGAAUUACGAGCGAGAAAAGGAGAGAGAACGGCGAAAUGUAUUUAAUUUCCUCAAUAGAACUUUAGGCAACAAAGCUGAAGAAGUUCCAGAAGCCGACACAUCUGUGAAUGUGAAGCAGUCUACUAGCAAAGACCUAAAUAUAGAACAAUUCAAAAUUAGCGAGGACAAAAAAAGAAUAGAACGCGAAAUAACAAAACUAAAUAGUUCUUUAAUAAAAUACCCGGCAGGGUCCAACGGCCACAAAAGUAUUAAUUUGCAAAUCAUAGAGAAAAACAAAGAACUCACCGGCCUUACGCAAAAAGAGAAGCAAAUAAGUAAGGAACAGGCACAAAGGAAAGAUAAGCAGAAAAUGACUGUUUUUUAA